GUGGAAGGAACAGUAGAAAGAGACAGUGAGAGAGAGAGUGAGUAUUUAAUUUGAAACUCAACCAACAUUCGACUACUUCACCCUUUUUUAAUAUAUUUUCGGUUACCAAGGCUGCGGAUUCUCUGUUUUGCAGUCCUAACCUCCUCUUCCGCUGGUUGGUGUCUCAUUGUCUUUCCUUUUGCUAUUCGGUGCUUCCUUUUUUCCCAAAUCUCUAGCCAUUAUGUGCUGCGGUUCCUUCCCUGGUGACCUUUUCCACUAGCAGUCCCCACUGGCGCGCGCGAGAGACAGACAGAGAGGAGAAGGAGGAUCAGGGUCGGUUCUCUCUCCUCUGACUGGCGUUUUGAGAUGUGGGUGCUGGAGGUUCUUUGAGCCAGAGGCAGAAGAUCCGUUUCUCCUUGAGAGCUCGGAUGGGUAGAGUGGAAAAGGCUGAUGGAUCAGGUGGUCUUCUUCUCACUGUAGCCAUUUUGGGAAUUAUCUUUCCCUUGUGUCACUCUUUCGUUAUGAAUGAAGUGAAUGCACUCUUGGCUUUCAAGGCAUCCAUAUUUGACGACCCUCUUUCACGAUUAGCAAAUUGGAAUUCUCUUGAUGAAGAUCCUUGUGAUUGGUCCGGUGUUGUUUGCUGGCCAGAUCACGGAAAUGUUAUAUCUCUGUACGUACCUUUUCAUUGACCUUUAUAAUUCAUCGCUGAGAGGAUUUCUUGCGCCAGAGCUUGGCCUGCUUGCCUUUCUGCAGAUACUGAAUCUUUCAACGAACAAUAUAAUUGGAACAAUACCCAAAGAAAUUGGAAAGUUAUCUCACCUCAACAUUCUCGAUUUGAGCAGAAAUCAACUCUCAGGGCCCGUACCUAAUGAAGUUGGGAACUUGAAUAGCAUUACCAAAAUAUGGCUUCAAUGCAACCAGUUGACCGGAAACUUACCCCCUGAACUUGGCAAUCUGAAGAGCCUUGUCGAGCUGAGGCUGAAAAGAAACAGGUUCCGAGGACCUUUACCUGGAAGUGGCAACCAUGUCAACUUUACAUCUAGUAUGCAAGGCCUGUAUUCAUCUACAAGUAGUACCACUGGGUUGUGUCUGUCAAAUCAGUUGAGUGUUGCAGAUUUCUCAGACAACUUUUUCACUGGAAAAGUGCCUUCAUGCCUUAACUAUCUACCAAGGUCAAGCUUCGAGAAGAACUGUUUUGUUGAUAAUGGCUCUAUUGGUCAACGUUCUAAUGAACAAUGCGGUCCUACAAAGUAUGUGAAAGGUCAUUCUGGAGGUAGCCAUGAGAAUAAAGGACAAGUGGUGAAGAAAAAAUCAUCAAAAUGGCUGCUGGCUGUUGAAAUUGCAACAGGAGUUGUUGCUGGUUGUCUUCUGCUAUAUAUUGUUGGUACAGCAUUCUUUAGGUGUAAAGACAAACAAACAGUUAACCUUUCUUGGAGAAAAUCUUCUGGACUGAAAUUGAAGGAAUUGCCAGAUUCUGAAAUGGUAAAGGGAGUUUUGAAGAUGGGCCGGCAAGAACUUGAUUUAGCAUGUGAAGAGUUCAGCAAUAUAAUUGGUUCUUCUGCAGACAGUGUGGUAUACAAGGGCACCAUGAAACGCGGACCUGAGAUUGCUGUAAUAUCUCUUUGCAUUGCUGAAGACUAUUGGACAAACUAUCUAGACCGUUACUUUCAAACCGAGGUUGCAGACUUAGCGAGGCUGAACCAUGAAAAUGUAGCAAAGUUGCUUGGUUACUGCAGUGAAAAUGAACCAUUCUCACGGAUGCUAAUCUUCGAGUAUGCAUCGAAUGGGACAUUGUAUGAACAUCUUCAUUAUGGUGAGGGAUGCCAUUUAUCAUGGACCAAGCGCAUGAAAAUUGUUGUGGGAGUAGCUCGUGGCCUCAGAUACAUGCAUUGUGAACUUCAGCCAUCUUUUAGUUUAAAAGAGCUGAAUUCAAGUGCUGUUUAUCUGACAGAGGACUUUUCACCCAAGCUGGUUGAUUUUGAAAGUUGGAAAGCAAUACUUUCGAGAUCAGAGAAGAAUUCUGGGUCAGUGAGCUACACUGGGUACUCCUCAGACUCGUUUGGAACAUUCUCUUCAGACAUUCAAGGAAACACCUUCUCAUUCGGAGUGCUUUUACUCGAAAUUAUCAGUGGAAGACUCCCUUACUGCAAAGAAAAAGGGUGCCUGGUUGACUGGGCAAGGGACUACUUAGAUAUGCCUGAGGUGAUUGCUUACCUGGUUGAUCCACAAUUAACAUACUUCCGAUAUGAAGAUGUUCGAGUCAUAUGUGAGGUGGUGAAUUUGUGCAUUCAACCUGAUCCAGCCAAUCGCCCAUCAAUGACCAUAAUAUGCUCAACGCUAGAAAAUGGAAUUGAUAUAUCACCAACUGCUAACAUAAAGGAGUCUCCUUUGGCCUGGGCAGAGCUGGCUCUAGCAUCUUAGAACACUAGACAGGGGGAACAUCCGGUCCUUUCAUUUGCAUUGAAGAAAAAGUGAAGUUUUUGUAUAGCUGAUUCAAUUUCUUCUCAUUGUAACAUGAGAUUUCUGUUUUCAUUUAACAGCAUACGAUUUAGGGGAAUGUAUUGGUUUGCCGGUUGAUUUCUGUAAUAUAACAAGAGGGCUUGUUUGAUAGUGAUUUUAAUGAAGUUCAGUUGAUGAAAAACUUAUAUUUGUCUA